GUAUUUUUCUUGAUAUAUGGUCACAGACAUUUCUUGACUAGAUGCUUGAAGAAAGGUCCUUGUAAGUCUGAGGUUAAUGGUCUUUUCACCUCCUCUUAAGACUGCACCAGCAACCAAUUUACCACAAAGGAUCUUAACUACACACUAAAAAGCAUUGCAAACAUAUCAGAAAGGGUCUCAAAAAAGUCAGGAAGGCUCUCAAUGUCAUCAGAGAGUCUUGAACAAAACAGAAAGGGUCUUAAAGGUGUCAGAAAAAGUUUCAAUGUCCUUAUGGAUCUCAAACAGGUCAGGAAGACACACAUUUGUCAGUAAGUGGGUCACACAAGUCAGGAAGAAUCACAAAUAGGUAGGGAAGGGUCACAAACAUGUCAGGAUGGAGAAGCAAAAAAGAGUCUCAAAAAAGAAGGAAGAGCUCUGAGCAGCACAAUGGGACUUGGGAAGAACAAGUGCCUUACCAAAGGCAAUGAAAAGGGAACCAAGAAGAAAGGGGUAGGUCCAAUUUCUAAGAAAGAUUGGUGUCAUGUGGAUGCACCAGCUAUGUUCAACAUAAGAAAUAUUGGAAAAACACUAGUCACAAGAACUCAAGGAAUCAAAAUUGCACCUGAUGGCUUCAGGGGUCAUGUUUUUGAAGUGAACCUUGCUGAUCUGCAGAAUGAUGAAGAUGUAUUUAGAAAAUCUAAGCUAACUACUGAGGAUGUUAAGAGCAAAAACUGCUUUACUAAAUUCCAUGGCAUGUUCAUACCCUGUGACAAAAUGUGCUCGAUGGUCAAAAAAUGGUGGCCCAUGAUGGAUGCCAUUGUCAAUGUUAAAACUACUGAGCAUUAUUUGUUUCAUCUGUUCUGUGCUGGUUUUACUAAAAAAUUCCACAGAUCUGGAAAAACUCUUACACUCAGCGCCAAGAGGACUGCCAAAUCUGGAAAAAGACAAUGGAAGUUAUUAAUAGAGGUGCAGACAAAUGACUUGAAAUGAUUAUGCAAUAAACUGACUCCAGACAGCAUUAGAAAAGACAUAGAAAAGAUUUGCCAAUCUAUUUGUCAAUUUGAUGAUGUUUUUGUUAGUAAAGUAAAAAUGCUGGCAAAGCAUGAGUUUGAAUUGUGAAAACUCACGGAGCUUCAUGAUGAAAGCAGCAGUUCCCCUACAGUUCCUAGGCUACAAACCUGUAUAGUAUGUUACUAUACUGAAUACUGUAGGCAACUGUAACACAAUGGUAAGCAGUGUAUUUGUGUAAUGCAUUGUGCUACAAAGUUAGCAUGGCUACAAAGUCAUUAAGCAAUAUGAAUUUUCAGCUCCAUUAUAAUUUUAAGGGACCCUCAUUGUAUAUGCAGUCUGUUGUUUACUGAAAUGUCAUUAUGCAGUGCAUGACUACCCACAGAAUGAGUCUCACACAUACAGAAAGUCUCUACUAUGUCAGAAAAGGUCUCAAAAAGUCAGGUAGGAAAAAAUUCAUCAGAAAUGUUGUCAAACAUGUCAUAAGUUUUAGCAUGCUGUACUUUGAUUUUCAUUCAACUGAAAGUAUUCUCUAAUUUACUUUUUGAUUUACUUUUUGAUGCAUUAGUUAUUUAGGAGCAUGUUGUUUAAUAUUUCUUAUUUGUGAGUUUUCCAAAUUUCUUUCACUUAUUGAUUUCUAAUAUUCUACUGUGGCUAGAGAACAUACUUUCUAUUAUUACAA